ACUCUAGUCGGCCCACCGCGACGACGCCGCGUAAAAUAUUUUGGUUUCCUCGCAUUCGUUAGAGAACCGCGGCAAUUGUUUGUUUUUAUGUGUGGUGCGCGUCCCAGGCAAAUGCAAACGAGUCCGCGACUUCAAUUGCUGAACGCCUAACGCCGCCAAGGAAAGAAAAUAACAGUAAUGCGAAAGACCCGCUCGCAGACGGCUCGCACGCAGGCGGAAAAUGCCGCAACAUCCUCGAGCCCAGGGCACCAAUCGACGUCGUCAGCGCCAAUAGCAGUUAAUCCCUUUGAUGCCAGCAAGUACAAGGAAUGUGAGCAAAUGGUGCAGAUGCUUCGAGUGGUCGAGCUGCAAAAAAUCCUGUCGUUUCUGAACAUCUCAUUCGCUGGACGAAAAACCGACCUGCAGAGCCGCAUCCUCUCGUUCUUGCGCACCAACUUGGAUCUGCUUGCCCCGAAGGUCCAGGAAGUCUACGCCCAGUCCGUGCAGGAACAAAACGCCACGCUGCAGUACAUCGACCCAACCAGGAUGUACUCGCACAUCCAGCUGCCGCCCACCGUGCAGCCCAAUCCGGUGGGCCUUGUGGGCAGCGGCCAAGGCGUGCAGGUGCCCGGCGGCCAGAUGAAUGUAGUCGGCGGCGCACCCUUCCUCCAUACACACAGCAUUAACAGCCAGCUGCCAAUUCACCCUGAUGUGAGGCUGAAGAAGCUAGCCUUCUACGAUGUACUCGGGACACUGAUCAAACCUUCAACCCUGGUGCCACGCAACACUCAGCGCGUCCAAGAGGUGCCUUUCUACUUUACACUAACGCCGCAGCAGGCCACCGAGAUCGCCUCCAAUCGCGACAUCCGCAACAGCUCCAAGGUGGAGCACGCCAUUCAGGUGCAACUGCGCUUCUGCCUUGUAGAGACUUCAUGCGACCAGGAGGACUGCUUCCCGCCGAACGUAAACGUUAAGGUGAACAACAAGCUGUGCCAGCUGCCUAAUGUCAUUCCUACAAACCGACCAAAUGUGGAACCCAAGCGUCCGCCGCGACCCGUCAAUGUCACCUCCAAUGUAAAGCUGUCACCUACCGUUACCAACACCAUCAUGGUGCAGUGGUGUCCGGACUACACGCGUAGCUACUGCCUGGCCGUAUACCUGGUAAAGAAGCUUACCUCAGCACAGCUUUUGCAGCGAAUGAAGACCAAGGGCGUAAAACCGGCAGAUUACACGCGUGGCCUGAUCAAGGAAAAGCUAACUGAGGAUGCUGACUGCGAAAUAGCCACCACUAUGCUAAAGGUGUCGCUUAACUGCCCAUUGGGCAAGAUGAAAAUGCUGUUGCCUUGUCGAGCAUCAACCUGCUCCCAUCUGCAAUGCUUCGACGCCAGUCUCUACCUGCAAAUGAAUGAGCGUAAGCCCACAUGGAACUGCCCCGUAUGCGACAAGCCGGCCAUUUAUGACAACCUGGUCAUAGAUGGCUACUUCCAGGAGGUGUUGGGAUCGUCGCUUUUAAAGAGCGACGAUACUGAGAUUCAACUUCAUCAGGAUGGAUCUUGGAGCACACCAGGACUACGGAGCGAGGCGCAGAUCCUUGAUACGCCUUCAAAACCCGUUCAAAAGGUUGAGGUUAUAUCAGAUGACAUAGAACUUAUUUCGGACGACGCCAAGCCAGUAAAGAGCGAUUUGUCCCCGGCACCCGACGAGCAGCCAACAUCCACGUCAAACAGUGAAACUGUUGAUCUAACGUUAAGCGAUUCAGACGACGACAUGCCGCUGGCUAAGCGUCGUCCACCCGCCAAGCAAGCCGUUGCCAGUUCCACGUCGAACGGCAGCGGUGGCGGCCAACGUGCCUACACCCCGGCACAGCAGCCCCAGCAAUCCGCGGUCUGCGCAAUGAUUACAGCGGAGUUCGAUGAAAUUAAUGGCCCUAUGCACUACUAACAAUAAAACUAAGACUAAGCGUACACCUAAAUCAGAUGUUAGUCAUAAGCCCUGCCUAUGCGAGUUGGACCUAUUCCUAUACCUAAACUCGAAGCGAGAGGAAGCAGGCCAGCCGCGCCACCGACAUUAAGUUAGUUAAGUUAUUUUAGUUGAACUAAGGAUUCUGUUCGGAUUGGAGGCGGUGUUGUGUGGAGUGGAGUUGGAGGGUGCGCUGUCCUCGCAUUUGAAUUGCGUUGCAAGGCAGGCAUUAAAGGUCCAUAGUAUUGGAAACAAACAAAGGCGUUUUUAUAAAUGAAAUCAAUUGGAAACGACGGAUUAGGUAUGUUACGGCGUCUAGCUAGACGCUCGGUUGAAAAAGCCCCUGACAUUUGUUGGUGUAUUUAAGCUCAAACCGUACCACCACGGAUUUAUAUAUUAAGAUUUUAAAUUGAACAAUGCUUUGACUAUGAUUCGAUGCAAACCCUUCUAAAUAUCUGAACGAACAAAUAUGAAAUCAAUGUACAAGGAGAUGUGUACUUUAACUAUAUUAUUAAACAAUUUUCAACCAA